AAUUGCUUACUUAAGUCGAAAAUCAAUUAGUUUUCUUCACUCCUUGACUGGCCUUACCAGCGGUUAAAUCAAAACCCUAAAAAGGAGGGAGAACGCACCAGAAGAAGAUCAAUUAAAGAAAAAAAAUCAAUUUGUAACUAAGAAUCUCAGAUUUUUGUUUCGGUUCUGCUAACUGAAAUCAUGAUGAAUUUUACAUCGAAUUUAUGCAAGCGUAUGAAUGUGAAGGAGCUUGUCUCCAGUGUGCCUGUUUAUGAAACCAUUACUAGCAGAAUUACAGAUAGUUCUGCUGGUGGAUUAAGCUUGAUGUUUAAGCGUUGGGCUACGAAGAAAACAGCAGGAUCCACCAAAAAUGGGAGAGACUCUAAACCUAAGAAUCUUGGAGUCAAGAAAUUUGGCGGUGAGAAGGUGAUACCAGGAAAUAUCAUAGUUAGGCAACGGGGAACUCGUUUUCAUCCAGGAAACUAUGUUGGAAUCGGAAAAGAUCAUACCUUGUUUGCCCUUAAAGAAGGAAAUGUCAAGUUUGAGACUCAUAAACUGAGUGGUCGUAAAUGGGUUCAUGUUGUGCCUAAGGAUGGGUAUCAGCUACACCCUGUUUAUUCUAAAGCAGAAUCAGCUUCAACCCAGCUCAACACAGCUGCUUCAUGAUCUUUUAUAAUCUGCGUUUAGGGUUUUCCCUUUUGUAGUUGUUAUUCAAAUAUUUAAUGGUUGGAGAUUUUACUUCGAUUUCAGUUCCAUCUGAUCAUGGGGACUUUUCAUGCUGCUAUUUUGAUCAACUAAAUUUGUUGCAUGUGUGAAAUUUUACUAGUCUCGGAUUCAACAGGAAGUAGAGUUCCCCUUGAAAAUGGGAUAUAAAUUUCUUUGGCUGUGCUACAUGGAAAUGCUGAAACUGUUUGGAAA